UUUAAAGUUUUGACACCUACGUUAAAGACUUCCCUUUUUCUUUCUUUUUUUUUCACUCUCUCUUUCGUUUUCUUCUCUUUUUUCUUCCAUGGAGACAAACGGUGUCGUUUCGAUUGGUGUCGAUGCUGAAGAGGUUCAUGUUCUGGCCGUUGAUGAUAGUUUAGUUGAUCGGAAAGUCAUUGAACGCUUGCUCAAAAUUUCAGCUUGUAAAGUUACUGCUGUGGAUAGUGGAAUCAGAGCACUGCAAUUUCUGGGAUUGGAUGAAGCUGAUGGUUUUAUCCCGGGUUUGAAGGUGGAUCUAGUCAUUACUGAUUAUUGCAUGCCUGGAAUGACUGGUUAUGAGUUGCUCAAGAAAAUCAAGCAGGAAUCGUCCACUUUCAGAGAAAUUCCUGUAGUUAUUAUGUCUUCUGAAAACAUUUUGCCACGCAUAGACAGGUGUUUGGAGGAAGGUGCAGAGGAUUUUAUAGUGAAGCCAGUGAAACUAUCUGACGUGAAACGUUUGAAGGGUUACAUGACAACAAGAGAUGUUAGAGGGGAAAUUGAAAACAGAGAAAUUAACGUUAACUUUAACGGUAACGUUGAAGGUAACAAAGGAGCGGGAAUCAACAACAAAAGGAAAUUAGAGGAAGCUUCUGAUGAGUUUUCAUCAGAACCGUCCGUUUCAUCAUCACCGUCGACUUCAUCGUCGCCUUUGUCUUCUUCACCCGAUGUGCUUGAUUCUCCGAUCCGACGGCUUAAAAUGAGUGACACUGAAUGACUAUUUGGACUGUCAUAUAGGAUACUAUCAUUACCUUUUUUUUUUCGAACAUUUUUUUUGUUUACUUUUUUUUAAUGUUUAAACUGCAAUUACUUACCCGUUUUUUUUAAACGGUUUUUGUUGCAUUGCCCUGUUCUUAAUUAUUUUAUCUUUGGGUUAAUUUAUUGUGUUUCUUAGUA